AUGUCUCUAUACUCUUCUCUGCCUCAUAAUAUCAGACAGAAUCUGACCAGCUUCAGCGGGACACUUUUUAUCAGCAACAAAACGAGAGACUGUGAAGAUCGAUCCUACAAUAUCCCAGCUCAUGAGACAGUGUCCAGCCUCCCUUUACAGAUGGGAUUGUACUUCAGUGCAAUUUUCUUUCCAUUCUGGUGGGUGUCAGAAUUGGCCAUGCUCCAUCUCAAGUACAGCAUGUUACCCGGAUACUACCAAUUGAUACUGUUGGCUGCUAUAAUAAUCCUCACACUGACUGAGAGUGUUCGGCUCUGUCUGGGCUACAUGGGAAACUUACAAGAGAAGCUGCCAGAGUUAGCUGGGUUUUGGCUGCUAUCCUUUGUAAUCCAGCUCCCCAUUAUUCUGUUCCUUCUCACUGAUGAAUCCAUCAUCAUCACUCCUCUGGAAAGGGGUGUUCAUAUAAUCUACUUCAGCCUCCUGGUUCUCGAGUUGGUUGUGGGAUUCCACGCCCUCAGGGAAAUGACCAACCACCUUGUGAAGCGCUUCUACCUGCAACAGUUUCAGGAAUCUGAGCAUUUUCAGCGGCACCAAAGAAGCCAAGAAACAGGCAUUCCAUUUCAGAUCGGUCCAGUUUUCCAUGUGUAACGGGCCAAGGACUUUCAAGUACAUUGACUCUAAUGACGUUGCAAUCCAACAGGCCAACUUCAGCAAUAUGGAGC